AAAUUUUUGUAUCUGCCUGAUUUGCUUGGACUUUCCGGCCCCUCGAAAUGGUCUGCCGCUUCAAUCCGUUCUAUGUGGGUCCAACGCCUCCCACCUGUUGUACCUCGGACACGAUAAAGACCUGCGAUUGUCCGCCCUGUUCACCCGAGACUGGCUACCAAGAGCCGCGUUGUCAGUGCGACCUUUGUUGUUCUGGUAAAAACGAGUGUGCACCGAAACCGGAAGCAAAGGCACAACCCGCCACGGCCAAGGGCUUUUCUAAGUGUACGGCCACAACGAAGACGAUGAUGUGCAGUCCGGCAUGCCUUGAGCCCGCUAAAAAAUAGACAAUUUAACAUCUUUGAAUAUGUCCAAGCAAUGGGCAGGAUAUGACUAGAACUUUAAUAAAAAAUAUAUUGGCUGAAAGUAUGUGAAAAUCUAACUAGUCCAGAGAGUUUCAGGAAAGACAU